CUGUAAAGUGACUCUGUAUGUGAUGUUGUUGGGUUUUCUGUAAAUAUUGGUUCUAGAUGACUGGCCUCUGUAUGUCCCUGUGUGUGCAUCCAUAAAACAAGUUAUAAUUAGCACAUACUGGGAUGACUGGGGAUGGGUCACGUUUCCUCGAGGUUCGGAAGAGAAUAAAGUAUUUAUGAGUGGGAUAAUGAGAUACAAGUCUUGUUGAUUUGUUCAUGCAUGUGCUUUUAGGGGUUGGUUUGGGGGCCAAAUGUAAAGAUGAACGAGAGGGUGACAACACAGAGAAAUGGGAGGGUCGAGUUAAAGAGAGAGAGGGAGGGAGGGAGGGAGGGAGCACAGACAGAGAGAUUUAUUUCCACAGCUGACAGUGAAGCUCCCGUCCCACACUCGUUUUUGGAGGUGAAAGAGGGACUAAGAGAGGAAAGAAGUUAAAAACUCAGAGAAAGUGGAUAAAUAAAACGGACAAUAUGGAUACCUUGGCUUUAGAGGCCACGCAGCCCAAAAAGGCUCAGAACGGGGCACCAGUGCCCGGAACCUCCACCCCUGCCAAACGCAAACCGGCCAAAAAGACUAAGAAAGCUGUGGUCUUUUUCGAGGUGGAGAUUCUGGACGCCAAGACGAAGGACAAGCUCUGCUUCCUGGACAAGGUUGAGCCCAAUGCCACAAUCGGGGAAAUCAAGUCCAUGUUCCACAAGAGUCACCCUCAGUGGUAUCCGGCCCGACAAUCCAUUCGUUUGGAUCCCACGCGUUAUAACGCUUCUGUACUGUCGCUGUCUCUCUCUCAGGUGUUUCUGACGGAGUACGCCGGCCCUCUGCUCAUCUAUCUCAUGUUUUACUUCCGAGUCCCGUUUAUUUAUGCUCCUAAAUAUGACUUUACCACCAGCAAACACUGGGUUGUACAUUUGGCGUGCAUGUGUCACUCCUUCCACUACGUGAAGAGACUCCUGGAGACACUGUUCGUCCAUCGCUUCUCGCACGGGACUAUGCCUCUGCGCAACAUCUUCAAGAACUGCACAUACUACUGGGGUUUUGCAGCUUGGAUGGCUUAUUACAUCAACCACCCUCUGUACACGCCACCCAUCUAUGGAGAACAGCAGAUCAGACUGGCCCUCAUCGUGUUCCUGUUCUGUCAGAUCGGAAACUUCUCCAUCCACAUUGCCCUGAGAAAUCUUCGACCUCCAGGAUCUAAGACUAGGAAGAUCCCAUAUCCGACUAAAAACCCCUUUACUUGGAUCUUCCUGCUGGUCUCCUGCCCCAACUACACGUAUGAGCUGGGCUCGUGGCUGGGCUUCACUCUGAUGACCCAGUGUCUGCCCGUGGCCGCCUUCACGCUGGUGGGCUUCAUUCAGAUGACCGUGUGGGCGAAAGGAAAGCACCGCAGCUACCUGAAGGAGUUCCGCGACUAUCCCACGCUGCGCUCGCCCAUCCUGCCCUUCAUCCUGUAGGACAGAGUCACGCAGUGUUCCCCUCGUCUUUUGAACCUUUUCCUCUUCUCCCGUCCUCCCCUCAUCAUCUCUUUUAUACUGUGUCCAUGGCUCGCCUCUAUUCGUUUCACAUGCAUCUUUCCUGCAUUUGCUCAUCUCUUGGAACGGACUGAUUCUGAAUAAUAAAGUCAGCUCAGAUCCAGAACCUCCAGAAGCUUGGUUCUAAUGGCUCCAUAUCGCCCUCUGUGGGUUGCAUGAUGUCUGUCAUCUGGGGAAAUCUCAUGAAAAUGAUCAAGAGCAUGUCCAGAUCAUAAUUCAGUCAAAGAAAUAAGAACUUAUAUUUUGCACAAAGAUAAUAGAGCACAUUUUAGGACCAGUAAGAUUUUAACAUUAUUUUCAUGAUCGAACACACCCUUAAUUCUCAGUAGCUGCUGUAAUGUGAAAAAAACAAUUAGUAUGCAACAUGAACAUGUUGUUGUCCUUAAUUGAUGAUUGUAAUAAAAUCUUUUUUUUUUUUUGCAUUACAUUCAUGAAAAUUUGAAGGGAGAAUAAAACGUCAAUACAAAUCCUUUAAUGGUCAUGUACUUAAUAUCAAAAUAAUUUCCUCCAGACAUGGACGUUUUAUCUUAAAGGGAUAGUU